AUGUCUGCGCAACGAAGCCUUCAGAGACCAGCAGCCUGCGGAGGUUGCCGCUUUGAAGUUGGACGAACUUCAGCCAAGUUUCAACCUGCCCCACCGAAGACGGGGAAACCCCACGCCCCGGCCCCACGACAUCGCUUGCGCAGUGGCAAUUUGAAAGGCAUAGUUGCUAGAGAGAGCUUGCAUGAAUUGAUCCACGGCAGUGACCCAAAGCUUGGACGAUGGAGCCAUCACAAAGGACUUUUCACAGAACUGCUGGAGGCGACACAAGGAAGCUCCAUUGCUGAACUUAUCUCAAUCUUGAGCCAAGCUGACACAUAUGGUGCACAAAACUGGCCAGAAUGUGGACGGGCACGUGACAGGUUAAAAGUUCUGGAAGGCAUUCGUUUGGAAAUGGAGGCUGCAAUGGAGUGGGUUGGAAUUGAGGACAUUGAACAUUUGAUGUGCCGAGCAUCUGCUGCUGGAAUCAUUCCUGAGCAGAGUGACCGUCAAGGAGGUGAUCUGCUAGGUCCACUCACUGCGACCCAACCCGAGUUCCAAAAGUUGGCCUUGACUCUCGCAAAGCGUUGCUGCAGACUUCGAAGCUUGAGAGAAGACCUCAGAAGCUGUGCCAAAUCCGCUGAUAUUGAAAGGGUCUUAGCAACGGUGAAUGUUGCCAAGGAACUCGGAGCUCAGUGGCAAGAGCUUGAGCUUGCAGAGGUGCGUUUGCAGGUGCUGCAGAAUUGCCUUGCCGAGAUGACUGAUGUACUCGGCCAAGCACGGUCCAGUGACGAAGGCGGGUUGCAGAGCAGAAUUCACGAUGUUUUGGAAAAUGUCCAGGAGCACAUUGGAGAAGAUCCUUCCCCGCCAUUGGGCUGGGUCUUGAAAGCACUUCGCCUCCAGUAUGGUCAGAUGAGGCUGGAAGACGUGACCGGCCGACGAGCACGCUUGACCCGAGAAAUCCUGGCUGCAGAGAGGGGCGCCAACCUGCAACACCUGCGUGCGGCUGUGGCAGAGGCUGACUUUCAAUUUUGCUUGGAUGCUUCCGGAGUGCCAGGUUGUGUUGUGCCCUGGCCGGAAUUGGAGCUUGGCAAGCGACGCUUGGUGCAAUUCGUGGACAUGCAGGCGGAAUUGGAAUUGCUGGUGAUGUCGCGUCCAAUAGCUCCUUCUCCGACUGCCAUCAUUGCUGCACUGGCUCGUGCUGAUGUUUUGGGGUGCUAUUCUUGGACCUUGUGCCAAGAAGCAUCUGCCCGGCUCCAACAAGUGCAGGGAUUGGAGGCAAGUGUUCUUAGAGCUGUCCAGGAUGGCUCAGAGAAUGUCUUGCAGCAGGCCUGCACAACAGUGCAGGCUGCCGGCUUUGCAUCGUGGCCAAUGGUGAGAGGGGCUAUGCUGCUUCUUGGACGAGAAGAUUUGUGCACCCGACAAAAUUUCACUUCCAGCACGUUUAUGCAGAGAUUGUUGGCAGAGUUAGCAGAAGCGGAACAUGUCGGAGAUUCGGCAGCUGAAGUUCCUGAUGUCGAGGAGGCUUUCAUUGGCAUUAGCCUUGAAACGGAGUGUGUUGACAUGGCAGGUCAAAUGAGCCAAUCGAACAGUUUCCCACCUCUAACCAUGCUAGUGGACAUGUUCCAGAAGAUUACUGGCAAACAUCCUGAUCACGCAUGGGUGGCGCGUGUGCGAUCUGGGCUGUUUGUUUUCGAAGUCAGGUUAACAGGAGCGCUUGGAAGCUUUAGCGAGGCGGUCUCGCACUUGGAGACAAGCCAAGCGCUUGACUUUGGAGACAAGGUGACUGCUGCAAGGCAUUUGUACUCUUUUGUGAAGCGGCUGAAAGAUCAGGAUCAGCUUGCUUUGCUGAAGCAGAUUCAGCGGGCUUCAAGCCCAGGCGGUGAGUCCUCUGUUGUCUCGCAGCAGGCAAGCACUGUUGAUGCAAGCAUCGCUAAGGAUGUGAUUCAGCGGGAGCUCGAUUUGCUCAGAGAGUUUGCAACACCCAGUGUUGCCUCUGCGCAUUUUGUCAAGACUCUCUCAGAUCCUGGGAGUUUGGCCGAGGAAGCUGCCAUUGAUACCACAGAGCUGCUCAUGGAAGAGGUUCUCCAACCGGACUUGAAGACAAAGUCCGUGCAGUCCAUCCCCCGCAAGUCGGAGGAUGACCACAUCAGUGUGGUGUCAGAGGCUACAGAUGUGGAGUCCGCCCAGGUACUGAAAAUGAUCCAGGAUCAUGUCUCUCAAUUCCAACAACCACAUGAUAUGUCAGGCCAUUCUCUGCUGGAAUACGCUCAAGUUGAAGAGCCUGAAAGAGCUGACAGUUGGGCAACUGUCAGCCAUCUAGUGGAUGAUUUCAUUUCAGUUCAGUUGAGAAGAGUGGAGGAGUGUGUGGCCAAAGAUGCAUGUGAAAAUGCAUUUCAAACGCUUGAGACGGAUGAAGGGAUUGGCCAUACGUCAGAUGUUUCCGGACCGAGUGAUAUCGGCAGUGACUUUGCAAGAGAUGUGGUGCAGCAAGUGAAAAUGCAGCUGGAACCGCUGUAG